GCCCGCCCUCUCCGCCGCCUGUUUGUGAAUGAGACGCUUGGUUUCUCAAUGGAGCCGCGGGGGGCUCGGGCGGACGCGGUGCGGCCGCAGCGCUGGCCCUGAGCCCGGAGGGGGGCGCCUCUUCCUCGCUCCCUCUCCCCUUCCCUCCCUCCCGCCGCCGCGGCUUUUGAGGAACGGGGUUGGGAGGCCGCCGCCGCGCAGGUCGCCGGGGCCCGCGUCGCCGAGGACUCCUCGUCACGCUCCGGAGGAGCGGGAGCGCGGCCGGGGAAGGCAGGACGACGAGGAGGCCGGUGGCCUUCGGGAAAUUUCCGCCGCGAGCCCCUGCUCCGGGCGUAGAAAGUUCUUGAGUUCCUUAUUUCCUUUUGAAAUCCCGCUCGGCUGUUAGCUCCUCUCCGGCACCUCGGUUUUGUUUGUUUUGUUUUGUUUUGUUUUUUUUCCGGGAGAGGAGGGGGAGUGCGGGGAAAGGAGCGAAGAAAAUAAAAAAGGAUUUCCGCCUUGAAAAGAGCGACAGUUGUGAGAGCUUUUCCCUGAGGAGACAGAAGCGGCGUUCGCGGCCGCCCGGCCCCACCGGCCCCAGCAUGAGCGAGCCAGCCUCGGGCUGCUGAGGCGCGGAGACGCGGAAGCGGCGGCCGGCUGCUCCCGGCUCCCCGCGCUCCCGGGCGCGUUCGGUCGGCCGGGCGGCGGCGGCGGGAUGGAGCCCUCGACCGCGCCCCAGCCCGACAUGGCGCCGGAGCUGACCGCGGAGGAAGAGCAGGCAACCAAGCAGUUUCUUGAAGAGAUUAACAAGUGGACAGUUCAGUACAAUGUUUCCCCCCUCUCUUGGAAUGUGGCUGUCAAGUUCCUCAUGGCCCGGAAGUUUGAUGUGCUACGCGCCAUAGAGUUGUUCCACUCCUACAGAGAAACACGAAGGAAGGAAGGCAUUGUGAAGCUGAAACCUCAUGAGGAACCUCUCCGUUCUGAGAUCCUUAGUGGGAAAUUCACCAUCCUAAAUGUUCGGGACCCAACAGGAGCCUCCAUUGCCCUCUUCACUGCCAGAUUGCAUCACCCCCACAAGUCAGUCCAACAUGUGGUACUUCAGGCUCUGUUUUACUUGCUAGACAGAGCUGUGGAUAGCUUUGAAACUCAGAGGAACGGACUGGUGUUUAUCUAUGACAUGUGUGGUUCUAAUUAUACCAACUUUGAGCUGGAUCUUGGCAAGAAAGUUCUCAACCUGCUGAAGGGAGCGUUUCCUGCUCGUUUGAAAAAAGUACUGAUUGUGGGAGCGCCAAUAUGGUUCCGAGUGCCCUAUUCCAUCAUCAGCCUCCUCCUGAAGGACAAAGUCCGGGAGAGGAUUCAGAUAUUAAAGACAUCUGAGGUCACCCAGCACCUGCCCAGGGAGUGCCUUCCAGAAAACCUGGGUGGGUACGUCAAAAUUGACCUCGCGUCUUGGAAUUUCCAGUUCCUGCCCCAGAUGAACGGCCACCCAGACCCCUUCGAUGAGAUCAUCCUGUUCUCCCUCCCUCCUGCCUUAGACUGGGACUCAGUACAUGUUCCAGGCCCCCAUGCCAUGACCAUCCAAGAGCUGAUGGACUAUGUUAGCACCAGGCAAAAGCGAGGGAUAUAUGAGGAGUAUGAAGACAUUCGCCGUGAGAACCCUGUUGGGACUUUCCACUGUUCUAUGUCUCCAGGAAACCUAGAGAAGAACCGCUAUGGGGAUGUACCCUGCCUGGACCAAACUAGAGUGAAAUUGACCAAACGAAGUGGUCACACUCAGACAGAUUACAUCAAUGCCAGUUUCAUGGAUGGCUACAAGCAGAAGAAUGCUUACAUUGGUACGCAAGGCCCUUUGGAGAAUACCUAUCGUGAUUUCUGGCUCAUGGUAUGGGAGCAAAAAGUCCUGGUGAUUGUCAUGACCACCCGGUUUGAGGAGGGCGGCAGGAGAAAGUGUGGCCAGUACUGGCCAUUAGAAAGAGACUCUCGGAUCAAAUUUGGCUUCCUCACGGUGACCAAUCUAGGCGUGGAGAACAUGAACCAUUACAAGAAAACAACACUAGAAAUUCACAACAUAGAGGAGCGGCAGAAACGCCAGGUGACCCACUUUCAGUUCCUGAGCUGGCCAGAUUAUGGUGUCCCUUCCUCGGCAGCUUCUCUCAUAGACUUCUUGAGAGUAGUCCGGAAGCAGCAGAGGCUGGCUGUCAGCAGCAUGGCAGCGCGCUCCAAAGGGCAGUGCCCUGAACCACCCAUUGUCGUCCACUGCAGCGCAGGCAUAGGCAGGACAGGUACCUUCUGCUCACUGGACAUCUGCCUGGCACAGCUGGAGGAGCUUGGCACCCUUAACGUGUUCCAGACGGUGUCCCGCAUGAGGACCCAGAGGGCCUUCAGCAUCCAGACCCCUGAGCAGUACUAUUUUUGCUACAAGGCAAUCCUGGAGUUUGCAGAGAGGGAGGGCAUGGUGCCCUCCAGUCACAACCUCCUGGCCAUGGAGGGUCAGUAACUGUCCCACGAUCCUCCUACGUGCUGGCCAGCCUUCCUUAAACUACCCUGGACACCGCUGAGCCUAUAGGUUGCCAUCAGUUAUGCUGAAGCAAUGGACCAACCUCUUCCUCGUGUCUCCUGGCGCACUCGUGCACGCAAGGCAGCCUUUCCCUUUGGCUAGAUAGUUGUGGUGAAAUUGCCACUAGAAGGGUCCAGCAGCAAUGUGUUCUUAAUUCCCAGCACCUGCUAUCGAACUGUGCCUUAUUAAAACCAAAUUGUGGCUAUUGGUUUUUGCCAGGGGCCCCGAGGUAAGUGGGGAAGGAAACUCCCUCCCCCCUUUCCCAAUGCCGUUCCCCUUCUCAAGGUCUCUUUCCCAUUCCUUCCCUUUGCUAGGAUUUGAUGGGGAGGUUUGGUGAGCAUCCACCUUCCUUCCCAGAGAGCUUGACCAAGUUACAUACUCUAGAGAACGUCCCGAGUGCCAAGCACGUUUAUACCUAGGGCGUGUAUUCCAGUCUUUUCUGUCAUUCUGUGUGUAUGUGUGUGUGUAUGCGCGUGUGCGCACGCACUUAUGUGUAUGGGUCCAUAUGUAUGUGUGUAUAUAAUAUAUAUUGUAUGUGAUAAUAUGGUCGUAUUCUAUAAAUACAUAUACACAGAGAUACUCCUUUGUAGACUUUC